AUGCAGCCCUCAGAGAUCUUCGUGGGCUCCAUCGACCAGGGCACCACCAGCACUCGUUUCCUCAUCUUCAACCAUGAUGGGGAGCCUGUGGCCUCACAUCAAGUCGAGUUCACCCAGAUAUACCCAAACCCGGGCUGGCAUGAACACGACCCUCUAGAGCUAGUCUCCUCAGUCGAGACCUGCAUCGAAGAAGCCGUAAAGGAGUUCGAGUCCAAGGGCUAUUUCCGCAGCAGCAUCAAAUGCGUCGGCAUCACCAACCAGCGCGAGACAACGGCAAUAGUAACCGAGCUCAAAAAAAGGCCGGGUGCAGAUAAACUACAAAAUACCUGCGGCCUGCCGCUCUCGACCUAUUCAUCUGCUACAAAGUUGCUAUGGAUGCUGGAACAUGUUCCCGGGGUCAAGGAGGCGUUUGAUGGCGGCACGCUGGCUUUCGGCACAGUGGAUGCGUGGCUUGUAUACCGCUUAAAUGGCGGCGUGACCGCUAAUGUGUUUGUAUCCGACUCGACAAACGCCUCGCGCACGAUGUUCGCCAACCUAGAGUCGCUUCAGUACGAUGAUACCCUCUUGGACUUCUUUGGAAUCAAAGGCAAAGUCCACCUCCCUCAGAUCGUUCCCUCGUCAGAUCCCACAGCAUACGGUGCAAUUGCCUCUGGUGCCUUGGCGAAGGUGCCCAUCAUGGGCUGUCUCGGCGAUCAGUCCUCUGCGCUGGUCGGACAAAAGGGGUUUUCGCCUGGUAUGGCCAAAAACACUUACGGUACGGGAUGCUUCUUACUGUACAACGUUGGUGACAAGCCCGUGAUUUCCAAGCACGGUCUCUUGGCUACUGUUGCAUACAACUUCGGUGGGAAACCCGUCUAUGCGCUUGAGGGCAGCAUCGCCGUAGGGGGGUCGGGGAUCAAGUUCUUACAAAAGAAUAUGGAUUUCAUUCAAGACUCUAAGGAGGUGAAUGAUCUCGCUCUCUCGGUUGAGGACAACGGCGGCUGCGUAUUCGUAACUGCCUUUAGUGGGCUCUUUGCGCCGUAUUGGAUUGACGACGCAAAAGGCACAAUAUUUGGCAUCACACAAUACACUCAAAAAGGGCAUAUUGCACGUGCAACACUGGAAGCAACCUGCUUUCAGACCAAAGCAAUUCUCGACGCAAUGGAGAAAGACAGCGGCAAAGCGCUCUCUGAGCUAGCCGUGGACGGAGGCAUGAGUAACUCCGACCUGACAAUGCAGACGCAAGCAAACUUAAUCUCCAUCCCCGUCUACCGACCCAAGAUGCGUGAGACUACAGCUCUCGGCGCCGCCAUCGCUGCCGGUCUAGCGGUCGGUAUGUGGCGCAACUUCGCCGAGCUGCGCGACAUCAAUCGCGCCGGGGGAGCAGUCUUCGAGCCCCAGAUUACGCGUGAAGAGAGUGCACAGAUGUUCGGUGAAUGGGAAAAAGCCGUACGGAUGAGCAAGGGCUGGAUUCAAAGUGGUCCAUCUCAGGAUAACACAGGGAAGGCAUCGUCGUCUCAGGAUGCCAAGGCGUAUGGUACACCUGGAACGGUCACACCUGCUGAGAACCGCAAUCCACCUCCUACCACUACUGUUACUCAGCCGGAGCAUUCUCUCAUCUCGGACAUGGUGAGGAAUCCCAGCGCCAUUACGGCUGUUAAGGCGACGACGCUGGCGCCGAAUGGGGAGACGGAGUUCCCGCCUGCAAGAACGCCACUAAUUAGUAUCUCCUCUGAUUUAGAUGGGGCUGAUGAGGAAGAAUUGUUCCUGGAGCUGCGGAAGGUGGAGAUUCUGCAGAGGCUAAAGAAGUUGCGGAAGCUGAAACUGAGCUACUACUGA